AUGGCCGAGGGCGCAGCCAGCAGGGAGGGUUCAGCGCCGCCUGACGCGGCCGGGAGCGAAGACGACCCCCGAGUGGGCCCGGAUGCCAUCUCCGGGGACUGCGUGGCGGCGGCCCCUGGGGGCCGGUGGAGGGACCGUCGCAGUGGGGUCACGCUGCCCGGAGCUGCGGGGCCCCCGGCCGACAGCGAGGCCGCCCUCCUGGAGGCUGCGCGGGCGACCCCUCGGCGCAGCAGCAUCAUCAAGGAUCCUGCAAACCAGAAAUGUGGUGGAAGAAAAAAAACCGUGUCUUUCAGCAGCAUGCCGUCGGAAAAGAAAAUCAGCAGCGCGAGCGACUGCAUCAGCUUCAUGCAGGCGGGCUGUGAGCUGAAGAAAGUUCGGCCGAAUUCUCGCAUUUACAACCGGUUCUUCACUCUGGACACAGACCUGCAGGCUCUUCGCUGGGAACCUUCCAAGAAAGACCUCGAGAAAGCUAAGCUUGAUAUUUCUGCCAUAAAAGAGAUCCGACUGGGCAAGAACACGGAAACAUUUAGAAACAAUGGCCUCGCUGACCAGAUUUGUGAGGAUUGUGCCUUUUCCAUACUCCACGGGGAAAACUACGAGUCUCUGGACUUGGUGGCCAAUUCAGCGGACGUAGCAAACAUCUGGGUGUCAGGGUUGCGGUAUCUGGUUUCUCGAAGUAAGCAACCCCUCGAUUUUAUAGAGGGCAACCAGAACACACCAAGGUUCAUGUGGUUGAAGACAGUGUUUGAAGCAGCAGAUGUUGAUGGGAAUGGGAUUAUGUUGGAAGACACCUCUGUAGAGUUAAUAAAACAACUCAACCCUACCCUGAAGGAGUCUAAGAUUAGGCUCAAGUUUAAAGAAAUCCAGAAGAGCAAAGAAAAACUGACAACUCGAGUGACAGAAGAGGAGUUCUGCGAAGCUUUUUGUGAACUUUGCACCAGGCCGGAAGUGUAUUUCUUACUUGUGCAGAUAUCAAAAAACAAAGAAUAUUUGGACGCCAAUGAUCUCAUGCUUUUUUUGGAAGCUGAGCAAGGAGUCACCCAUAUCACUGAGGACAUAUGCUUAGACAUUAUUCGGAGAUACGAACUUUCCGAAGAAGGACGUCAGAAAGGGUUUCUUGCAAUUGACGGCUUUACCCAGUAUUUGUUGUCACCAGAAUGUAACAUUUUUGAUCCUGAACAGAAUAAGGUUGCCCAAGACAUGACCCAGCCUUUAUCUCACUAUUACAUCAAUGCCUCUCACAACACCUAUCUCAUUGAAGACCAGUACAGGGGGCCAGCUGAUAUUAACGGGUAUGUUAGAGCUUUGAAAAUGGGCUGUCGCAGCAUUGAGCUUGAUGUAAAUGAUGGCUCAGACAACGAACCGAUCCUUUGUAACCGAAACAACACGACAACACACCUUUCCUUUCGAAGUGUCAUAGAGGUGAUAAAUAAAUUUGCCUUCGUGGCUUCUGAAUACCCACUCAUUCUUUGCUUGGGGAAUCACUGCUCCCUACCACAGCAGAAGGUAAUGGUCCAACAGAUGAAAAAGGUCUUUGGCAGUAAACUCUAUACUGAAGCACCUUUGCUGUCAGAAUCCUACCUCCCGUCACCAGAAAAAUUAAAAAGAAGGAUCAUUGUGAAAGGAAAGAAAUUGCCUUCUGAUACAGAUGUUUUAGAAGGAGAAGUUACAGAUGAAGAUGAAGAAGCCGAAAUGUCUCGAAGGAUGUCAGUAGACUACAAUGGUGAGCAGAAACAGAUCUUACUGUGUAGGGAGCUCUCUGACUUGGUAUCUAUCUGUAAAUCUGUUCAGUAUAGGGAUUUUGAAUUAUCUAUGAAAAGCCAAAACUAUUGGGAAAUUUGUUCAUUUAGUGAAACAGAGGCCAGCCGAAUUGCAAAUGAAUACCCAGAGGAUUUUGUAAAUUAUAAUAAGAAGUUCUUAUCACGAAUCUAUCCAAGCGCCAUGAGAAUUGAUUCCAGUAACUUGAAUCCACAGGACUUUUGGAAUUGUGGCUGUCAGAUCGUGGCAAUGAAUUUCCAGACUCCAGGUCCAAUGAUGGACCUCCACACAGGCUGGUUUCUUCAGAAUGGAGGCUGUGGCUAUGUUCUAAGGCCGUCUAUCAUGCGAGAUGAAGUUUCUUACUUCAGUGCAAACACAAAGGGCAUUGUACCUGGGGUGUCUCCUCUAGUGCUUCAUAUUAAGAUUAUCAGUGGUCAGAACUUCCCAAAGCCCAAGGGAGCGUGUGCCAAAGGGGAUGUCAUAGAUCCCUAUGUGUGUAUAGAGAUACAUGGAAUUCCAGCGGACUGUUCAGAACAAAGAACUAAAACUGUCCAACAAAACAGUGAUAACCCUAUUUUCGAUGAGACGUUUGAGUUUCAAGUGAACCUGCCUGAACUGGCCAUGAUCCGUUUUGUGGUUCUGGAUGAUGAUUACAUUGGGGAUGAGUUUAUAGGGCAGUACACAAUACCGUUUGAGUGCUUGCAGCCUGGGUAUCGGCAUGUUCCGCUCCGCUCCUUUGUGGGUGACGUCAUGGAGCAUGUGACUCUUUUUGUCCACAUAGCAAUAACUAAUAGAAGUGGAGGAGGAAAGCCACAGAAGCGCAGCCUUUCAGUGAGGAUGGGGAAGAAGGUUCGGGAGUGUACCAUGCUCAGGAAUGUUGGUCUUAAAACCAUAGAUGACAUCUUUAAGAUAGCAGCUCAUCCCUUACGAGAAGCCGUAGAUAUGAGAGAAAAUAUGCAGAAUGCCAUAGUGUCUGUUAAGGAAUUGUGUGGACUUCCGCCAAUUGCCAGUCUGAAGCAGUGCCUGUUGACCCUGUCCUCUCGGCUCAUCACCAGUGAUAAUACUCCCUCCGUCUCUCUUGUGAUGAAAGACAGCUUUCCUUAUCUGGAGCCUCUGGGGGCAAUCCCAGAUAUGCAGAAAAAGAUGCUAGCUGCUUAUGAUCUGAUGAUCCAAGAGAGCCGAUAUCUCAUAGAAAUGGCAGACACAGUCCAGGAAAAGAUUGUGCAGUGUCAAAAAGCAGGCAUGGAGUUCCAUGAGGAGCUUCAUAAUCUGGGGGCAAAAGAAGGCUUGAAAGGAAGAAAACUCAACAAAGCAACUGAGAGCUUUGCUUGGAACAUUACAGUAUUGAAGGGCCAGGGAGACCUGUUGAAGAAUGCCAAGAAUGAAGCCAUAGAAAACAUGAAGCAGAUCCAGCUGGCGUGCUUGUCUUGUGGCCUCAGUAAAGCCCCCAGCAGUGGUGCCGAGGUGAAAAGUAAGCGCAGCCUGGAGGCCAUAGAGGAGAAGGAGAGCUGUGAGGACAAUGGGAAGCUGUGA